GGAAAAGACGAUUCGCUGAAAGGACGUUCAAUCAGAAGGACGUUUAAUGCCAUUGAAGUUUGAGGCGGAUGGAACGUUGGCUCACACUUGCUGCGCUGUGAUUGGCUCCGGCGGAGUUUGAAUUGCUCGGCGUGGGCGAUGCUGCAGGCGCGUUCAGACGUGGCUACUCGCAUCUCGGGAGGCUGCUCAUCCCGGGUGGUUUUGAACGGGGAUCGUCCCCGAGGAAUCCUGACCUGGACAGGAAACCCUUUCCUGCCAUAAAAUUUCGGCUCACUGGGGCAAGUUCGCACGACACGUGAGCAAUUGGGUUCAGUGAGUCGUGGGAAUCGUUUUGUCCACGGGAUGGGUCAACCAUGAACUUGGGCAGUGGUUUACAGGCGAUUUCCUGAUAUGCGUUGCCCUUCUCAAACAAUCCAGGCUAGUGACACGAAUGAGGUUAUAGUUUAGCCUGGAAUUGCAGAAAAUGGCCAGAGUUAAGCGACGGUGCCAAAAACGGAGAUCCAGAACAAAAUCCUUGUCAAAGGAAAAAAAACAUACUACGUUGACAUCUUCAUCCAGUCUUCCUUCAAAAGCUUCGCCUCCAACCAGGUCUCCGGUUAUCCUCCGUAGCCAAAGACGGCGAUUCUCUUCCUGGCUUUUGGCGUUUAGAGACAUAUCAGAAACCCUCAAACAUAUCCUGGCUGCCGCAGUUAGUUGGUGUUGGUGGUGCCAGAGACACGUUGCACAAAUUCUUCACGUCUUUGUCAGUGCAGCAUUUCCUUCGCACACCUACCUGGCGGAGCUGAAGGAGCUCAGGGCGGAAGUCGAAAACCUGAAAAGGGAAGUGGCUGAGCUGCAGUCAGUUCUUCAACAGAAUGGAGGCACUGCGGCUUCUGCGGGGACCCUGCCUUGCCAGCUCUCUCCAAACCUAUUAUCAGCGUCUGCACACACACAACUCAGCGUCACACAACCCACACCUUUGCCUUCGCAAAAUCUACAGAUUCCCACUCCGCCGCCUCCCCCACCGCCUCCCCCACUGCCGCCACCGCCUCCUCCACCAGCACCCCUUGUAUUCAAAAGACGGAGUGACCCAAAGAUUCAGGCUGUCCCCUUAAAAAAAGACGUUCCCCUACAAAUAACAGCACAGGAUCUUCUGAAUGUGAAAUUGAAGAAAACGAAGAGUGAAGCAGCCACGGACAAGGAAACCUCCCCAUCCAAGGGACGCAAGGCAUUGAUAACUCUCCGGGAUCUUCAGAGCAUCCGUCUCCAGGCCAACGCCCCCCAGCCGCUUCCUCGCGUUACAAAUUUUCUCAAUACCCCCAGCAGAGAUGGCUUAGAUUUCCGGAAACACUUGAAAAAAGUUGCUAUUAAAAGGAGUCCAGGGGGAACCCCAAUGAAUAACAAAGAAAACAUUGAGACUGGCACGGGAUUGACUCCACUUAUGACCCAGGCUCUCCGGCGCAAAUUCCAGCUGGCUCACCCGAAGAGUCCAUCUCCUUCCUGCUUCCCUACAAGAAACAGCUUUGAAGAACAGAGCUAGAAAAAAAUCUCCUGGUGGUCUCCACAAAUCUCUAACGAUGGAUACAUCGCUGCUUGGGGCCCAAUAUGGACAGAGAAUCACAGGAUUUCCUUGGCUAAGCUUUUCGCAUGCUGGAAUAUGCUUCUUUUCGCUCGCGCCUGCUUUUUUAAAAAAAAAAAUAUUCUGUAGCAACGCCUUGCUGAAAAACUCUUUUAAAACAUAUCCAGACGUUACCUUCUCAACCCACUGGGCAUUCAAAACCUCCUUUAAUGAAGCUGCUUUGACUUUAAAAGCUUUGCAAUUUCACCUAGCUUUGAGCCCCUCUUUCACAAAGUUUACACAUUCCUUCUCAAUAUAUAUUUUUAAAAAGAAGGUGUUUUUUGGGGGGAAUGACAUACGUCGAUCCGAAGAAAUAGCACUGUUUUUCCCAGAGCUUGGAAGAAUUCUAUUUAUUCUUGGCUUGUUAUAUUUGUCACUAAGCUAUGCACACACAGAAAUUUUGUAUACGUUUUCUACACGAGAGGAAAGCUUUUGUGGUACCCUCCGUAUGAAGAGGGAGGGAAGAGAAAUAAAUAUGUGGCAUUUCGGCACGAAGGACCAAUUUAGGAGUACCUUGAAUUCAGGAUUGUUCUUCUAUUAUUGGGGGUUUUUUUUACAUGUUCUAUUUAUUUUAUUUAUAUAACAUUCAAUUUCCAUCGAAUAGCGUGUGAUCUGGGUACAGUUAUUUUUAAAUAGUCAUAAUCCACAUAUUUGUUAUAGUAUUCAUCACAAUAAUAUUAAUAUAAUAAUAAUAUAAUAACAAUAUUACUUUACAUCAUCUUUAACAACUCUCCACAUUAACAUUUCCUCUUGAUGUCUCCUCUUUUCUAACUUCUGUCUAGCCAUUGAGAAAAUACAUCCCAUAUCAGAAAAUAUUCGGUUUCUUCUUUAUCCUUAAUAGUGAGCGUUAGUUUAUCCUAAGGGUGUGUAACCUUAAAACACUCAGAGUCAUUUGGACCCGUUUCCCACAGAAAAGAAAACACCGGGAGCCACAAAACCUUGGUGGGCGUGGCCAACUCGAUGUCACUCACUUCUACCAGUUGCAUGACACCCCCCCUAGCCACGCCUACCCAGCCGGUCAUUAGGGCAGAGAACCAGUUGUUAAAAAACACCAGGAACCACAAAACCUUUUCGUCAUUUCUCUCUCUCUCCCUCCUUCCGCUCCCCCCUCCCCCCCAUCUCUGUGCAUCUGUCUAUGUCUCUCUCUCUCCCCCUCUCUGUAUCUCUCGGUCUCUCUCUCUCCCCCUCUCUGUAUCUCUCGGUCUCUCUCUCUCCCCCUCUCUGUAUCUCUCGAUCUCUCUCCCUCUCUGAAUCUCUCGGUCUCUCUCCCCCUCUCUGUAUCUCUCGGUCUCUCUCUCUCCCCCUCUCUGUAUCUCUCGGUCUCUCUCUCUCCCCCUCUCUGUAUCUCUCGGUCUCUCUCUCUCUCCCUCUCUGUAUCUCUCGGUCUCUCUCUCUCCCCCUCUCUGUAUCUCUCUGUCUCUGCCCUGGCCACUUCUCCAUUCCCUGCCGUCGCCCUUAUCUUCUCAGGCCAGGCGAGGAGUGACUGGGAGGGCAGGGGCAAUGCCAUCUAUUGGCGGGAUCACCCGACAGGGAGCCGCAGCAGAGGGCCCAAAGAGCCGCAUGUAGCUCCUGAGCCGCAGGUUGCUGACACCCAGUCUGUCCAUUUCUGCGCAUUCUAAUAUUUUCUUAAAUUACCAUCUUCUCUGACGGGUCUCGGUCUCAGUGAAUGUUGAACGUUUGCACACCCAGUCUUGGAGAGAAGUUUGUGAAGGGUAAGGAGAGGUUAAUCUGAACUUGAAUUUAACCCGUAAUAGGUCAAGUUGCACCUAGCGUGAUUACACAAUGGAUUGUUACACAGAAAAGGUGUUUUGUAGGGCUCACGUUGAAAGUGUUGUGAUAGACCGACCGCGCUUUUAUGUUGUAAGAUAUAUUUCACGCCUCUGUUCAAUUUUGGGUCCGGAAGGCCAAAUAACUAAGCAAAGUUGAUAGCAGAAAAGAAUAAAAUCUUAAGAUCUUUAGAACAAACAA